AUGAGUGAGGCGAUCAAGGGUCCGCUAUUGGGUGCUGCUGCUGGUGUGGCGACGUAUUUGGCGCUGCAGAAGUCGAAGGUGUUGGGGAAGGGCAAGGGCCCCUCUGAGGUGUCUUACAAGGCUCCACAGUACUUUGUUGAGAACAAGUAUCCUGCGAAGGAGCACAAUCGUGUUGUGAAGAGCAAGAUGGCCGAGCGGGAUACGCCCGUUGGGUUUGUCCUUGCUGGGAACGUGGUGGAGCCCGUGAAGUACUGCGAUGGGCAGAAGCCGUUCCGGCAGGAGCGGUACUUCUACUACCUGUCUGGGUGCGACAUCCCGGGGUCUGUAAUAUUCUUUGACGGGGCUCAGGAACGGCUUGUGCUGUUUAUCCCUGAUGUCGACGAGGAGAGUGUCGUUUGGAGCGGGCUACCAGCGACGCCCAAGGAGUGUAUGGAGCGGUACGAUGUCGACGACGUGAUGUACGUGUCUGAGUUACCCAAGAUGUUAGAACGGGACGCAUCUGGAUUGGAGCUGUUUACUACUGAUUUUGAUGUGCUUGGCUGUGUGAUUGGUGACCAACGGGGUCGAAUUGCCGCUGGGUCGAACGAGUUCUUCGAUGCGAUGGAUGAGGCGCGGCUGAUCAAGGACGAGUACGAGAUCGAGACUUUGAGGCACAUCUCCAAAAUGACGGACUACUGCCAUUACUCUGUGAUGUCCGCGUUACCCAUUGAGCAGAACGAGUUGCAAUUGGAGGCCGAGUUCCGGUACCACUCGCACCGCCAGGGUGCGAAGGGGUCCGGAUACGACCCGAUCUGCGGGUCCGGUUCCGCAUGUGGAACUCUGCACUACGUGACGAACAACCAGGAACUUGCUGGGAAGGAUUCUGUCCUUGUGGAUGCCGGUUGCGAGUGGCGCAACUACACUUCUGAUGUGACGCGGUGUUUCCCCCUAACGGGCCGGUUUACACGGGAGCACCGGGCAGUGUACGACGCUGUCCUAGACAUGCAGACCCAGACGAUGGCGCUAAUGUCCCCUGGGGCCUCCUGGGAAGAGUUACACCUGUUGUCGCACCGCGUGCUGAUCAAACACCUGUUGAAGAUGGGUGUUCUCCGUGCGGGACACACUGAGGAGCAAUUGUUGGAGUCCCGUGUAUCCUGUGGGUUCUACCCACAUGGGCUGGGCCACUUGCUCGGGCUCGAUGUGCACGACGUUGGUGGCCACGCGAACUACGAGGACACGGACCCACUGUUCAAGAACCUACGGUUGAGACGCACGUUGCAAACGGGGAUGGUAGUGACGAAUGAACCAGGGUGUUACUUCAACGAACACCUGCUGGACGAGUUUGUGCGGCCGUUCCCUGAACGUGCCCAACUCGUGGACUUCACCGUUGUAGAGCGGUACAUGCGCGUCGGCGGUGUUCGGAUCGAGGACGACGUGCUGAUCACGAAGGAGGGUCACGAGAACCUUACUGGGAUCACCUCGAACCCCGAGGAGAUCGAACAGAUCGUAGCCAACGGGUCAGCGUAG